UACUGCCCAGGAGUGGAUUCUAGAGAGAAUCAAGGGAUCAUAGACUGACCACAAAGGGAAAUAGCUCUGGAAUCAGCAACCCAAGCCAACAGUUUCCGGCAGCAUUCCCCAUGGCCUGCCUGAGUCCCUCCCAACUCAAGAAGUACCAGGAGGAUGGGUUUCUGCUGUUGGAAGGAUUCUUGACAGCAGAUGAGUGUGCGGCCUUGCAGCAGAGGAUUGGGGAGAUCGUGGCCGAGAUGGACGUCCCUCUGCACUGCCGUACAGAGUUCUCCACCCAGGAAGACGAGCAGCUUCGAACUCAGGGCAACACAGACUACUUCUUGAGCAGUGGUGACAAGAUUCGAUUCUUCUUUGAAAAAGGCGUUUUUGACAAGAAAGGAAAUUUCUUGGUCCCACCAGAGAACUCUAUCAACAAAAUUGGCCACGCUCUGCAUGCCCAUGACCCGGUCUUCAGGAGCAUCACACACUCUCCCAAGGUGCAGGCUUUGGUGAGAAGUUUGGGCCUCCAGAUGCCGGUGGUGGUGCAGAGCAUGUACAUCUUUAAGCAACCUCAUUUUGGUGGCGAAGUCACCCCUCAUCAGGAUGCUACCUUCCUGUACACGGAGCCCCUGGGCCGCGUGCUGGGCGUGUGGAUUGCGAUGGAGGAUGCCAUGCUGGAGAACGGCUGCCUGUGGUUCAUCCCUGGCUCCCAUACCAGUGGGGUGUCAAGAAGGAUGAUCCGAGCACCUGAAGGCUCCAGGCCUGGCACCAGCUUCCUUGGGUCAGAGCCGGCCUGGGAUAACAACCUCUUUGUGCCUUUGCCAGUGAAGAGAGGGGGUCUGGUCCUGAUCCAUGGAGAAGUGGUGCAUAAAAGUGAGCAGAACCUCUCUGACCACUCACGAGAGGCCUAUACUUUCCACCUCAUGGAGGCAGCUGGUGGCACUGUCUGGAGCCCAGGGAACUGGCUCCAGCCCACAGCUGAACUGCCCUUCCCACCACUCUACAUCUAAAGGCCUUGGCAGGACUGGGCUGGCCUCCCACAAGGUGAGCUUUCAACACCAGAGCCUCUGGUGGCAACCCAAGGGCACUUCCUCGGCUUUCUUUCUGAUGGUGUCUGUGACCUUGGUCCAGCAGACAGCCAAGAAGCAGAAGUGACAGGGCAGCAGCCCAGGCUGGUUGAAGAGCUUCCUUCAAAAUUUUGUCUCUGUCACCUUUCUGUCCCAACCCAGCUUUCUGAAGUGGCCUCUCAGUAAUGAAAGAAUUGUGGUCGAGGCUCAGUUUUCUCUUGGAUGGAUGUUGCUGUGUAAGGCACUGAAUAAAACAACAUAAAAUGUA